AUUUCACCGCUCACCAGAGUGUAAAACAAGAUUAAUCAUUACUCAUCUAACGCACUGUAACAUCUAAUAAACGCUAGCGGGCAUGGAACAGAGGCUGGCACCAAAGAUCCCAGAAGAAUUUACAGCUGUAACAGCAAGCCCUGGGAGGCCUAGAGCACCAAGGCAAAGCCAGGAUCUGAAGCAAUGCAGGCAUUUACGGCCCAGAACCGGAUGGCUCCUAUAAUGAUCCUGGAGCCUGCAGAUAGUUGCCUCUUCGACCAGCCAGUGCUCAUCGCCGUGCACGGCCUGGCCCCCGAGCAGCCCGUCACGCUGCGCGCCGCCCUGCGAGACGAGAAAGGCGCGCUCUUCCGCGCCCACGCGCGCUACCGCGCCGACGCCCGCGGCGACCUGGACCUGGCGCGCGCGCCCGCGCUGGGCGGCAGCUUCUCCGGGAUCGAACCCAUGGGGCUGCUCUGGGCCAUGGAGCCCGACCGGCCCUUCUGGCGCCUGAUCAAGCGCGACGUGCAGACGCCCUUCGUGGUGGAGCUGGAGGUGCUGGACGGCCACGAGCCCGACGGCGGGCGGCUGCUGGCGCGGGCGGUGCACGAGCGUCACUUCAUGGCCCCCGGGGUGCGGCGCGUGCCCGUGCGCGAGGGCCGUGUGCGCGCCACGCUCUUCCUGCCUCCAGGAAAUGGGCCCUUUCCGGGGAUCGUGGACCUUUUUGGAGUUGGCGGUGGCCUUCUGGAGUACCGAGCUAGUCUGCUGGCUGGAAAGGGCUUUGCUGUCAUGGCUCUGGCUUAUUAUAACUAUGAUGACCUCCCCAAGGGCAUGAAAGUCUUUCACCUGGAGUACUUUGAAGAAGCCGUGAACUACCUGCUCAGUCACCCUCAGGUAAAAGGUUCAGGAAUUGGGCUGCUUGGCAUUUCCAAAGGGGGUGAACUUGGCCUUGCUAUGGCCUCCUUCCUGAAGGGCAUCAAAGCUGCUGUCAUCAUCAAUGGCUCUGUGGCUGCUGUUGGGAGCACCAUGCACUACAAGGAUGAGACUAUACCCCCUGUGACUAGCCUGAAAAAACGAGUCAGAAGGACCAAAGACGGCCUCUUGAAUGUUGUGGAUGCUCUGGAAAGCCCUUUGGUAGAAGAGAAGAGCUUCAUCCCCGUGGAGAGGUCUGACACGACCUUCCUGUUGCUUGUAGGUCAGGAUGACCACAACUGGAAGAGCGAGUUCUAUGCCAAUGAGAUCUCCAAACGCUUACAGGCCCAAGGGAAGGAGAAGCCCCAGAUCAUCUGCUACCCAGAAGCGGGGCACUACAUUGAGCCCCCUUACUUCCCACUGUGCAAGGCUGGCAUGCACCUCCUGGUGGGUGCUAAUAUCACCUUUGGAGGGGAGCCUAAGCCUCAUGCCGUGGCCCAGGUGGAUGCAUGGCAGCAACUCCAGACUUUCUUCCACAAACACUUGGGUAGUGAAGAAAGGACAAUCCCAUCAAAACUGUGAUUUUUAUUUAAGUUCUAUUUUAUUUAACAUCUCUAAUAAAGGUCUCUCUGGGAA